UCCAGCUGAGCCUCGCGAGUUACCGUACAGAUCCGCCUGGGACCAGUAAACGUUACAGGGCGGAUAAGAAACGCAUUUUCGAAUGCUUUUAAAAUAAUAAUUCUAAAUUCGACGUUUUUGAACCACGCAUGCAUGUAUUUGGCCAUCAAUAUCGACGGGAACUUGAAGUUUAGAACACUUUUUCAUCGAGGCUGCUUUCAUGACGUCAUCCGCAGCAACCGUGGGGCUAAAUCUGCGCAGCCGCUCUGCGCAACUGCCGCCUUGAACCAAACAGCGCAGCCAUUUCUCACUGCUGCGGAGGCAAAACACACCUAUUGCGUACAACUUUCACGCACUUAGUCACUAGUAUGCGGCAUCGAGGACUAGAACUGUGAGUAUCGCCACAACUCGAAGGCGCAACUUUCCUGUGAAUCCGCGCCUGCGCAGCCCUCCUGUCGAUGUCAUGGAGGGCAACCUGGAGGCGGUUAGCUGCGAGGUCGAGGCGCUGCGUGUGAAGACGGAGAUGGCGGACGAGAACGCGUCUGCGCUCGCGCUGAGCAGCCAGGCUCCGCAUGCGUCCUGCGGAGAUACCGAAGAAGGAGGACUGGAUCCGGCAGCGGAGGUGAUGGACGCGGCUGAGCUGACAGCGACCCCGACCACGGCGCCUGUGCUGCUGUCAUCAGCGAACGUGUCCGCUCCAGCAGACAAGACCUUCACGUCGGGUUUCGAAUUCUCCUCCAAGGCAGUCUUCAGUCUGAUCGAGGCGGUGGGCCGGCGAUGGUUCCACUACGAGACCAGAGAACGUUCUCAGCUCUUCCAGAGUGUUCACGAAGAGAUGGCUUCUAAAGGCCACACGGUUCCUGUCGACAAGAUCCGCCGCAAGUGGAACAACCUGAUCGUCACCUACAAGCGGGUGAAGGACCGCAGCCGGGAGACGGGGCAGGCCAAGACCUCGUGGGAGUUCUUUGACGCCAUGGACGCCACGCUGGGCGACACCAUCGGCGCCAUCAUCAUGAACAACAACAAAAGAGAGCCGUACCCCAAGACCAAGAUGGUGGUGAAAGUCCCUCAGCAGACCACCACGGCCACCGUCGUCCGUCCCAGCACCGACGCUGUGACCGUCACGCCGAUCAUCAGCACCGCCACUUCAGCCUCAACUUUCACUUCCAAGGGAGAGCUCAAACCCCUGAUCAUCCUCAAAACCAACCCAGUUAAAACCAGCGUGGUGCCCUCUCAGCCUUUCAUCACCUCGCCUGCCUUGACAGAAGUCACCACACUGUCGCCCUCCACUGGAUCCACCACUCACGCCACCGACCUCAACACUUUACGCCUUUUAACACGGAAAACGCCCACCAUCCCCUCCGGAGUCCUGCCGCUCCGCCUCAGCAACAACCAAAAAAUCAUCACCCUCCCGACCUUGAAACCCACUUCCCCCCGCCUCAGUGCCUCCUUGGCCACUGCGCCACCUCCCGCCGCAGAGAGGCCGAAAGCUACGGUGGAGCAGAACAGCGACGUGAUGUUACAAGAGGUCUUGAAGAGGCAAAAGGAGCAAGCUCACCUGGAGCGAGUGACUCGACGUAAGCGUGAAGUCAGGGAGAAGAGGAGGGAGAGAAGGGAGAUCCGGAUGGCAGAGUCCCUCAGCCGGAUAGCUACUGCCAUGGAGCUUCUCUCCUCAAAACAGGACACCGUCAUCGCGCUCCUCCAGAGACUCGCCGACCGGAAAUGUUGAUGAAUCCUAAAACGGACAAGAGAACUUUUUAAGACUACAUUUUGGAAACACAUUUGUUUCUCUCAAACAAAUGAUCUCUCAAAAUAAUAUUCAAAACCGAAAAGAUUUUUUUGGCAAUCAAUUCCAGCUGAAUAAAAUCAUUUAAAAUGAGCAGUUCUUC